GCUAGGCUCAUAGGUUGAUCUCCACGUCUGGUGUCCCUGACUGAAAAACAACAAACACAUUUUUUUAAUCAAAAACAUAGCAUUUUCUCUCUUUCAGAUGGAGAUGGAGGUGCAGUCCCCCCCUCACCAGGGAGGUGAGUUCUCUGUGGUGGACAUGCACACAGGCGGAGAGCCAUUACGGAUCAUCGUCAGUGGUUAUCCUGAGGUCAAAGGUGACACCAUCCUCUCCAAGCGCCGCUACGCCCGGGAGCACCUGGACCACCUGCGGAGGGCGCUAAUGUUCGAGCCACGGGGUCACGCCGACAUGUAUGGGGCUCUGAUUGUGGACAGCGAGACGCCCAAGGCCGACCUGGCUGUGCUGUUCAUGCACAAUGAGGGCUACAGCACCAUGUGUGGACACGCCGUCAUCGCUCUGGGCCGCUUCGCCGUGGACUACAAGCUGGUGAAGGAGCCACAGACGCCCGAGACGCAAGUGAACAUCCUCUGCCCCUGCGGCCUGGUCCAGGCUUUUGUUGAAUAUUCUGAUGGCAAAACUGGAAGAGUGAGAUUCCUGAGCGUGCCUGCGUUUGUUUUUGCAGAAGAUGUGCCGGUGGAAGUGGAGGGCUUUGGUGAGCUGACGGUUGACAUCAGCUAUGGGGGAGCCUUUUACGCCUUCAUCGAUGCGCAGAGGUUUGGUCUGGAUGUGACAAAGUCCAGGACUCGAGAUUUAGUGGAUGCGGCCACGGCGGUGACCAAAGCUGUUAAAUCUCAGGUAAAGUUGUAUCAUCCAUGCAGUGAAGAUCUGGCCUUCCUCUACGGCACAAUCCUCACCGACGGCAAAGAGGAAUACUCCCCCGAGCCUACAGCCAACAUGUGCGUGUUUGCAGAGGCUCAGGUGGACAGAAGCCCCACCGGAUCGGGAGUCACAGCUCGUGUGGCUCUGCAGUAUCACAAAGGUCUCAUCCAGAUGAACCAGACCCGAACCUUUCAGAGCGGAGCCACCGGAUCCCAGUUCACAGGAAAAGCCGUCCAGGAGGUCGAGUGUGGAGACUUUAAGGCCGUGGUGGUGGAAGUCUCAGGCAGAGCUUUUUACACUGGAGUGUCGCGGUUUGUGCAGGAAACGGAGGACCAGCUGACCACUGGUUUUCUGCUGAAGUGACACUUUAAACUCCUCAAACAUGCACCUUCAGGAACUUAACCAGCUCAGAAAGUGUGUUAGAAAUUGUUGAAAAACUUAAUUCUUGGUCUUCUUAGUUUGGAGUGAGAACUUCAUUUUUUUUUUUUGCCUAGCCCUAGUAGAAAAACGUGGUCUAUUAAUUCAAAUAUGUAGAGUUGCAGAGGAUACUUUUGUCCACUAGAUGGAGCCAUACAUUUAGUUUCAAUGAGGAAAAUCAAAGUUUUUCAAUAAAAACAAAGGUGGAAGUUAAAAACUUUGAAAAAAAAUC